UGUAAGUACUAAUUGACCUGUGGAUUUCUAGCAUUUUGUUCUUGUUUUUAACUUCAGAUUAUUGAAAAUUUGAAAAACCUAGAUCAAGUAAAACAUAUUGUAGAAAUGCUCGAAUCUAGAAUUGAUCUUGGGUUUCAAAUCCAACCAGGCCCUUUAAUAAAGGCCCUUGAAAACUUAGGAAAAAUUGAAUUGGGAACAAAAAUGUUUCUCGCUUCACAGACAGAAAAUACAUUGUUUAAUGAUUUUUUUGAAAAAAAUAUAAAGCAAAACUGUCCACUUAGAGAAGGAUGGGAUCUUGCUAGUUACAAAAAUGAAUCUUCCGAAAUAAAGUUGGAUUCUGUAAUGGACUAUAACGUGAAUGAAUCAGCAAUAAUGGUUUCGCAGCUGGGAAAUGGCCCAACAUUUGAUGAAAUGUCUUCAUUACACAAUCAAAACAAAUUAUGCCUUGUAAGAGAUACGGAUAUUGUUGAAGAAAUACUUGAAGAUAACAAGUCGAAUGUAAUUGGUGAUAAUGAUCGAGAAUUUCUUAGACCAGUAUUAAAGAGACCAAAGCAAAGUUUUUACAGGAAAUGUAUUUCAGACUUCAGCUUUUGCUGUAAAGCAGGUUUUCGUGGAUUGGUUUCUGUCAGUCAUGUGAUAAAUCCAUGCCACUUUUACGUUCAGAAGUCUUCAGACAAAAAGAAGGCUGCUAUUUUGGCUACAGAAGCAGGCAAACUCUGCUCUAGUAUGGAUAUGCAAAAAUGUCCUGUAUCUGUUCUGGAGCUUGAUGAGAAAAUUAUUGUUAAAAGCAAUAUUUUUCAUGCAUGGUGCAGAGGAACUAUCACAGAACUGGUUCCAUCAGGAAACAAAGAAGAGAAAUGUAACAAUUCUACAAGUUAUGAAAUAACUGACGUUGCAGUAAUCCAAGUGUUUUUGUUGGAUUUUGGACACUCGGAAAUCUUUUCACUUCCAGGAAUUGACAUUCCUGAGAAGAAGUUGGAAGAUGUUGUGCAUGUUUUCACACAUGUCAGUGACUUCAGCCAUUAUGUACGGAAAUUGAACCCCCAACUGAAAGGACCGUUAAAAAAUAUACCUCCAUUGGCAAUCAAAUGCUCAUUAAAAGAUAUUGUGCCAGCAAAUCCAAAUAACAUUUGGAAUGUGGAAGCGAGGACUGAAUUUACUCGAAUUGUGGAUAACAAGGCUGUACAAAUGAUAGUUUUAGGAAAGGAUGGAGACAAACUGCUUGUGGAUUUGAAGAAGUCUCCAAUGGAUAAGAUGGGGAGUGAUGUUCCUGUAUCACUAAGGGAUGCUCUUGUUUUUUUGGAACUAGCCAGGUUUGUUAGUGAAUGUCUUGUUCCCAUGUCAAAUCUGGAAACCAAUGAGUUACCAAUGCAGUAUUAUCUACCAGUUAUACCGCCUUUCUUAAAAGAGAGUCAGAUAAUGGUCACUCACAUCAACAAUCCAUUGGAUUUCUAUAUUCAGUUGAUUGAUAAUGUGGAUCUUCUCAUUCUUACAAGAAACAUGUUUGAAUUGUAUAAUGGGAAAGACGCCAAUUUGGAGAUCUUGUGCCCAGUUGUAGGACAAGCGUGUGCUGCACUAUUUGACGACGGAGGUUGGUACAGAUGUCAAAUUAAUGGGUUGCCUGGACAUCGAGAAGUUGAUGUCAAAUAUGUAGAUUAUGGCAACACUGCAAGAAUACCAGCAACAAAUAUACGAAAAUUAAAAAGGGACUUCCUAACUUUACCAAUACAGGCUUUACAGUCUAGACUGUCAGAUCUGGAACCUGUCAACACUACAGAAGGCUGGAGUGAUUGCGUAAAAGAAAGAUUUGAACAUCUUACACUGAACAAGUGCAUGUGGUGUAUGACUUGUGAAUCCCUGGGAAACACAUUAUCAGUUUACUUAUUUGAUUCAACAACACAAGUUAAUGGAACUAAGUCUUGUAUAAACAAUAUCCUAGUUGAAGAAAACCUGGCACGCUUUACACAGAACCCUUCCACAGGUUUCUUUAUGGAGCACAACAAAAGCACUGUGAACUUCAAACAAAUAAAUAAGAGUGAAGAACUAGAUGUUUUCCGGGAUGUUGUACAAUCUCAUUUGUUUGAAGGAAUGGACUCGUGGGUGGAAGGACCAAGUAAAAAUGCUUUUGAUUUGGCCAAGCAUGUUGUUGUAAAAGUCACAUUUGUGGCAUCGCCCAGCAGUAUAUUUGUUCAAUCAUUAGUAUCUCAACAUCUACUGAAAGAUUUGCAGGAGGAAAUGAAAGAUGUGUAUUCAUCAUUAGAACACAAUGAGGUUGAAUGGGAAGAAAAUAGGGACUGUGUAGCCUUGGUUUCUAAGACCAAAGAAUGGCGACGAGGAAAAGUCACCAAAAUGAUUUCAGACAAAAUUGUGGAGGUGUUCUGCUAUGACUUUGGAAAUAAAGAAAUGGUGAACAGCUGCAUAUUAAGGCAGCUUAAAGAAGAAUUUCAGUUUGAACCUCUGGCACUUGAAUGCUGUCUAUCAUCCAUCAGACCAGCUGGAGGGAGUUUAAAGUGGGCAGCAACAUCAUGUGAUUUUUUGGAAGAUAUUCUGAUUGAAAGUUCAGUUCUUAUGAAAAUUGAGGAGAAAGAUAUCCAACAUUUGGAGAAAAGAACUGAUUGUUGUGGUGCGGCCAAUGAAAAGGGAUCAUCUUCGAAGUCACCUCUGCCUGUGAAGCUGUACACAAAGGAUGAAAUUGGACAGUUUGUCAACAUUGCACAGUACUUGAUCGAGAAAGGCCUGGCCUUGCCUCAGAACAUUUCAACUGCACCAGAUACUAAAGAUGUACAGUAUAAGAUGAAGCAAAAUGACAGGCAUGAGUCAUUGGGCCUGGCACCUGAAAAUGUUGAAUAUCUGGCACCCGGUUAUGAAGAUUGCACAUCUAAAAAAGUGUACAAAUCACCUGUUGUACCAAAUAUGAAUAUUUUUGACAUUGAAGUAACAGGGGUCGGUGAUGGUGGAAUCAUCUAUGGAAUGCCAUUGUCAUCAAAAGAUCAAUUCACCAUGUUGACUGGUGCUAGCUUUAAAGUUUUACCAUUUCUGAAACCAUAUUGCUAUCGCAAAAAUGAAGGAUGUGUUGUUAAGGGCUCGGAUGCACUGUGGUAUAGAGGAAGGAUUUUGGAAGUUAUUGGGGGAUCUGUCAUGGUACACUACGUUGAUGGUGGAUACACUGAAACAAUCCCCCAGUGCCAUGUUUAUCCUGAGCUUAUGCAUCCUGAAAUUCCAGAGCUUUGCCUGCCAUUUCAGCUUUAUGGAGUGACUCCAGUAGGAAACAAGUGGCAGGAAGAUGCUAUCGACACUCUGAGAGAAUUACUUGUACAGAGAAUAUUAGAAGUUGAAAUCAUGGUGCCGUCAGAAAUUUGCCCACCAGCAUUAUUAGUUGAUCUUCGCUUAGAUGGAAUGUCUGUUUCCUGCUUUAUGAUUCAUCACAAUCAUGCUGUUCAAACUAUAAAAGCUGCUUUAACAUUGAAGAAAGAUUCACUUGGUUUAAAUGAAGAAAAUAUACCUGAAGAAAACUGGGAUUUGACAUUUGAAAGCUUACUAUCUUCACAGUUUGAAAUGGUCAUGUUACCAGAGUAUGAUUAUCCACUGUUGCCUAUGCCGGGAAAGGCUUUCCCAGUAACUGUAAAGCACCUAGAAACUCCCAAUCAGGUGUAUAUCUCCCUUGGUACAAGGAAAAAUGUUGGAUCCGACAGUGAUACCGAUGAUAGUGGCAUAAGCUAUGAGUCUGAAGAUGAUCUUGAGCAAUCUCUGAGGGAGCUUAAUCCAAAUGCAGAAGCUCUUCCUUUACUUACAGAUUUCAGAUCUGAAAUGCCUUGCCUUGUUGAAUAUAGCGAUGGGCGAUGGUACAGAGCAAAAGUACUAUCACUGGAUAAACUUCAUCCAUUGACGAUUCUUGUACAGCAUGUUGAUUUUGGCUCCACUGCAUUGCUUCCACAUACGAGGCUUCGACAGAUCCCUGCACAGUUGGUGCAGUAUCCAGCACGAGCCAUCAAAGUCAAGCUUGCAGGUUUUAAACCACCAGCUUUAAUGAAUGAAAUGGACCGACUUGCUUACAGCCCGGAGUGGCCCAUGGAAGCUCUAUGGACUAUGAUUGACAUUGUACAAGAGAAUCAACUUACAGCAUUCUUGGUUAGUUCACAUCCAGAAGUCUCGGUAUUCUUGUAUGAAGAAGAAUCAUUGAUUCAUCUUUCUCUUGUGGAAAAGGGUCUUGCAGAUUUGGAUAUGUGAUAGUAAGUUAUCAAAUAUUCUGUUUGCUUUAUUUUUACUGUCUUAUAGCCAUUUCAUACCUGGAUAAUGGAUUACUGAAUGUUAUGGUAGUUGAACAAUAGAUGAAAUGGAGAUUUCAUCAAUAAUGCAGUUACAUAUUGGAAUUCAGGUUGAGUUUCUUUUGAGAAAAAGUGGAAGACUUCGUCAGCAUGUUCAGUUUAUAUAGCACCACCGUUGUAGAAUAAAAACCCUUUGUUAACUAGUGGCUACAUGUUUCAGCCUGACCCAGUAGAUAUCUAUAUUCAAAAUACAAAAGGACUACACUCCAGAGACACAAUUCUGAAGAUUUACGUGAAAAUAAUUUACUUUGAAUCUCUGUAACGAGUACCAACAAGAUAUUGAUCAGAUUUGAAACUACUUUCAGUAAUCUGCUGUUUGGUUAUAGCUGCACAUUUUUUGUAACUUAGUUAAUUGUACUGUGUUGUUCUUGGUUCAAGCUAAGUUGAUGUAUCUGAACUUUAUUUUCUAAUUGAGCGUACUUAGAUACGCUAAGAUACUUAGCAUAUCUUCAUUUUCCUUUCGGUAUUAUCAAGAUUUUUAUGUAAAUGAGAAAAUUGCUUUUUAAUUUCAGUUCAUUGUAAUUUGACUAAAAAAAAUCUUUCACUGAGUACUCUGUAAAUUUGUUUAAUAUUGUUACAAUACAAUACCAUUUUGCUCUACUACAAAUUAUAAUAUAAAUAAUGUACUACUGAAAGGCUGCAGUUAAUGAUUUUUUUUUAAACAUUUAUUGAUGUUUUUCAGACUGAUACCAAAGUUGAUAUUUUCAAUAAAAGUGUUUCUGAAGUGUUUCAGCAGCAUAUUACCUUG